UGUAAUAGUAUAAAUACUGCUAGGUCACGUUAAUCAUAGAUCACACCACUUUCAACAAGAUACGCAAACAGAACUAGCAUAUUGGCAUAUUUAUCCACGUAAGUUAUUACCGUUUGCCUUUUUUGUUUAUAUAACUGUAACACCAUCUGACAUCUGUAAGAAUUCCUUCAAAUUAUCGAUGUUUUAAAAGUCUCGGAAAUAGAAUAAAACUGAUUUUCGUCGAUUAUUUCUUUCAUAUUAAACUGACAAUUAAAUAUUUUGUAAAUAUCUCUUUAAUGAUAAUCUACCUCCCCUCUCGCUACGCCACUGACUUCUGGCAAGUACAGGUAUAUAAUAAUAGGUGUGUGCGUAUUUAAACAUUAAUUGGAUAUUUAAGCAUGGAAAUCAAGUUAAAAUUAAUUCGGUAGCUAAUAAUAGUAUCGGGGAUUUUUCAAUUCUCGGAAAACAGAUGCAGGAAAUGCCGCCACAUGUAAUAGUAUAAAUACUGCUAGGUCACGUUAAUCAUAGAUCACACCACUUUCAACAAGAUACGCAAACAGAACUAGCAUAUUGGCAUAUUUAUCCACACUGCAUGUUUUGGAACAAUGGCAGACGACAGUUUUGGUAAAUUUUCUGAACAGGAACUUCAAGAAGCAAAACAAUAUGUCGACGCACAUGGUGUGUCUGGUAUCGUUGAUUUUCUUAACGAUAAGGCUAACCAAUGGAGGUAUAUUGGCAUUAAUAUUGGCAUUAUUGGAGAGUCGGCGGUUGGCAAAUCCUCGUUCAUAAACUGCAUUCGUGACGUAACAGCAGACGACAUCGGUGGAGCCGCUGUUGGAACUGGUGAUACAACAAUAGAACCAACCAGGUAUUGGCAUCCUUAUAACGAAGAACUUGUAUUCUGGGACCUGCCCGGUGUAGGAACACCGAAAUAUCCAAGAAAUGAAAAAUACUUGGACAGCAUCAACUUUGAAAAGUAUGAUUUUUUCCUAAUUCUGUCAGACAGUCGAUUUUCAAUCAACGACGUUUGGUUAGCAAAAGAGAUAGACAAGAGAGGAAAGCGGUUCUUCUUCGUUCGUACAAAAAUUGACGAAGCGAUGGAAAAUGAACAGCAAAUCCGAGGAGGGGAUUUCUCAGCGAGUGCUGUGCUGGACAAAAUAAUCAAAGACUGCCAAAACAAUUUUAAAGCGGCUCAGCUGACCGACACUAGCGUGUUUUGUAUUUCUAAUUACCACAGAGAGAUGUGGCAGUUUGAAGAGCUCAUGGAACAGCUGAUAGUUGCACUGCCGGAGUUGAAGAGGAUUUCUCUUGUACUUUCCAUUGGCCCAGUAUCCAAACAAGUCAUUGGACAGAAAACCAAGAUCUUAAAGGAUAGGAUUUGGAAAAUGUCUACCCUUUCCGCCUUGGGUGCAGCCGGCGGUGCGUUGGUUCCAAUCCCACUGGUAGGUGGGGCGAUUGGUGUUGCCGUAGAUCUUGCUAUUCUAAUAGGGGAAGUUAACUUCUACCUCAAACAGUAUGGCCUGAAUGACGAGUCGUUGAAACAGCUGGCAGACCGGACCAACACGACUGUUGACUACUACGUACAGUCACUCAAGUUUGCCUCGUCACUUGUCACCAAAAGACAAACCAUAAAGACUUUCGUUUUUGACGUCAUAAAACGUCAAGCAACCAAGCAAGUUCAGAAAACUGCUGCCAGGGAACUUGUUAAAUUUAUUCCGAUAAUAGGUAGUGUUGUGGCAGGCGGGGUGUCUUUUGGCACAUGCUACUACUUUCUAGAAAAAACAAUCAAAGAGUUUGAGGCGGAUGCACUUUCCGUUGUUGAUGCUGCUAUUCAGCAGACAAGUUCUCAAAUUUGAUGAAACAAAAGCGAACAGACUGUAUUUCAUUGGUUAAAACGGAUGGCACUUCCACUGAGCUAAAUUUAAUUGGACACAACCAGACUAUAUUUUGUAUAAUUUUAUAUUCAUUAAACAUUUCAAAACAGG